AUGUUUGUCAAUGAAAACUCUUUAGUUGAUUCAGACUCAAGUUCUGAUGUUUCUCAUUCCAAUGAACUUGAUGAAUGGAAAGAACGAAUUUAUCAUCAAAAUCGUCAAUUUGAUAACAUCAUCCAAAAUAUGAUCCUAAACAAUCAUAAUCUGAUUGCAGGACAUCAAAUUCCAAUAUCCAACAAGAGAUAUUGUGAUAGGGCACGCGAGUUUGGCGCAGAGCAUUUGAUCAACGACUACUUCAGUGACAGCCCAACGUAUACUCCAGAAAUCUUUCGGCGAAGAUUUCGCAUGCAGAAAUUGCUAUUUAUUCGAAUAGUGGAAGUUGUUACUGCUAAUGAUGAGUUUUUUCAACAAAGACGAGAUGCCACCGACAGAGUAGGUCUUUCAUCAUUGCAGAAAUGUACUGGAGCCAUGAGGGUGUUUGCAUAUAGGAUAUCUUCCGAUGUUGUUGAUGAGUAUCUACGAACGAGUUCAUCUUCGAAAAGAGAUGUUUUAGUCUAUUUUGUGGAAGGUGUCAUUUCUUGCUUCGAUGGUACGUAUCUCAGAAGGCCUAAUGAAGAAGAUUUGACAAGGCUGCUCUAUGUUGGAGAACAACGUGGUUUUCCAGGCAUGAUUGGCAGUAUUGAUUGCAUGCACUGGGAGUGGAAAAAUUGUCCUAAUGCAUGGGCCGGCCAAUAUACUGGGAGAAGUGGAAAACCAACGAUCAUUUUGGAAGCUGUUGCUUCAUACGACUUGUGGAUAUGGCAUGCGUUAUUUGGAACACCAGGUUUGUGCAAUGAUAUUAAUGUACUCCAUCGAUCUCCUAUUUUUAAUGAUGCCUUAGAAGGUCGAGCACCAAAGGUUAAUUACGUAGUGAGUGGUCGUCAUUAUGAUAGGGCAUAUUAUUUAACUGAUGGUAUAUACCCUUCAUAG